AUGAAGGCCGUUAUCUAUAACGGCGAAAGCAAGAUUGCAGUGGAGGAUCGACCGAAGCCACUCAUUCUGGAACCAACCGAUGCCGUCGUCAAGGUCCUUCAUACUACGAUAUGUGGAACAGACUUGCACAUUCUCCAAGGCCACGUACCUUCAUGUAGUCCGGGUCGGAUUCUGGGCCAUGAAGGAGUCGGCGUCAUCGAAUCCCUUGGUUCUGAUGUUACAAACUUUACUGUUGGUCAGGUGGUGGUUAUCUCUUGCAUCACUAGUUGCGGGACCUGUCAUUACUGCCACAGGAAGAUGUCAUCACAAUGUGAAUCUGGCGGCUGGAUACUUGGAAACAAGAUUGAUGGGACUCAAGCCGAGUAUGUUCGCAUUCCUCACGCUGCAUUUUCACUGCAUUUGCUACCGGAGACCAUCGACCAGAAAGUGGCCGUGACUUUGUCUGACACUGUUCCAACAUCAUAUGAGUGUGGAAUUCUAAAUGGUGACAUCAAGCCUGGCUCUACUGUGGCAAUCAUAGGAACAGGUCCUAUUGGCUUGAUGAUCCUGCAGAUGGCCAAGAAGUUAUUCAGUCCGUCUAUGACGGCAGUGGUAGGCAGGGGCCACGCCAGACUCAAGACAGCCAUGUCUAUGGGUGCCGAUCAUACAUUCAGUGUUCUUGAUGGGCAGGAGGUUGCGACAGCUUCAGCUUUAUCUGCGACCAGUGAGCGAGGAUUUGAUGUGGUCAUUGAAGCAGUGGGAACACCUGAGUCUUUCGGCAUUGCGCAGACACUGGUAGGACCUGGGGGGACCAUCGCCAGUUUAGGUGUCUUUGGCGAGUCAUGCGAGCUGCACUUGGAAAAGCUGUGGAAUCGCAAUAUCUGUUUACGCACGCGACUUGUCGAUGCUAUCAGUACUCCAGAUAUACUGAAGAUGGUGGACACUGACUCUAUGGAUCCUCGGUUCCUGAUCUCGCACAGUUUCUCAUUUGAUGAUAUUCACGGCGCUUAUGAAGCCUUUGAAGCGCCUUCCAAGCAUGGUACCCUGAAGGUUGUGGUGACCAUGCCUCACAUUAUUACGAAUGGCUCUUCGUAG